AUGAACUCAUCUAUACUAUUUUCAAACAUACUCAAGCCAACAACAUUUAGAUACGUCCCAAGAAACAUAAUAUCUUCUUCCUCAAUAAUAUCGAGAAGACUGUAUCAUCCAAAAGUUAUUGAUCAUUACACUAAUCCAAGAAAUGUCGGUUCUCUGGAUAAGAAGGCCUCUAAUGUGGGAACCGGUAUAGUCGGUGCUCCUGCAUGCGGUGAUGUUAUAAAAUUACAAAUACAGGUGAAUGACGAAACCGGUGUUAUUGAAAAUGUUAAAUUUAAGACUUUUGGUUGCGGUUCCGCUAUCGCUUCUUCGUCUUAUAUGACUGAGUUGGUUCACGGUAUGAAGAUCGAAGAUGCUCAAAAGAUUAAGAACACAGAAAUCGCGAAAGAAUUGUCAUUGCCCCCAGUUAAACUGCAUUGCUCCAUGUUGGCUGAAGAUGCUAUAAAAGCCGCAAUCAAGGAUUAUAAGUCAAAGAGACACACUACUACUAAAUUAACUUAA